CACAUCUCUAUGGUUGCUCAGCAAGUGGUUGUGAUCGUUGUGAUCGUCUGUAAAGUUCAUCAACAAAAAAGAUACAAGGAAUCAUGUAUACAAUUAAUAAAAAUUUGAGAUGAAAAAUUAAAAUAUGAUAAAUAGUUCUUGUUUUUGGAUAUUUUUACAAUAUACUUCCAGUGCAAUUUAAUCACAUGUGGCAUUAAGUGCUUCCGAAUUUUUAUUUUUUAUUUACAAAAUUAUAGAAACAUGUCGCUGAGUGCGAGUGCAGAAAAUUUGUCAUCGGAUGCACAAAAUGGAGGUGGAAAUGACAGCAAUAUGUGUCUGGAAUUGGCGCUGGAGGGUGAACGACUUUGCAAAGCGGGGGAUUGUAAAUCUGGAGUGGCGUUUUUUCAAGCUGCCAUUCAAGCCGGUACUGAUGAUUUAAGGACCUUAAGUGCUAUUUACAGCCAAUUGGGAAAUGCCUAUUUUUACCUGGGUGACUACGUGAAAGCAAUGAAUUAUCACAAACUUGAUUUGACUCUUGCAAGAUCAAUGGGCGAUAAAUUGGGCGAAGCAAAGUCGAGUGGUAAUCUUGGGAAUACACUGAAAGUAAUGGGAAAAUUCGACGAAGCUAUGAUAUGCUGCAAGAGGCAUUUGGCAAUUUCCAAGGAAAUGGGCGACAAGAUGAGCGAAGGCAGAGCUUUGUACAAUCUAGGCAAUGUUUAUCACGCGAAAGGAAAGCAGGGAAGAAUAGGUUAUCAAAAUCCUGGUGAAUUCUCAGAAGAAGUAAGACAGUGUCUUCAACAAGCGGUAUUUUAUUAUGAGGAAAACUUGAAAUUGAUGAGAGAAUUUUGUGACUCUGCAGCCCAGGGAAGAGCUUGUGGGAAUUUAGGAAACACCUUCUAUUUAUUGGGAGACUUUCAGCAAGCAAUUUUUUAUCACAACGAAAGAUUAAAGAUAGCGCGUGAAUUUGGCGAUAAAGCGGCGGAACGACGAGCGAAUAGUAAUUUGGGAAAUUGCCAUAUAUUUUUAGGGGAAUUUGAAAAAGCUGCUCAGCAUUAUAAACGAACUUUAGUUUUGGCGAAGGAAUUAGGAGAUCGAGCUGUUGAGGCACAAGCAUGCGACUCACUGGGGAAUACGUAUACAUUGCUUCGUGAUUAUCCAACAGCCGUCGAAUAUCAUCUUCGUCAUCUUGAGAUUGCUCAACAAUUGAAGGAUAGAGUCGGCGAGGGUCGAGCUUGCUGGUCAUUGGGAAACGCUUACUCGGCGAUGGGGAAUCAUGAGAAGGCUCUUCAUUUUGCCAAUCAGCACUUGAAUCUUUCCAAAGAAUUGGGAGACGAAAUGGGACAGGCCACAGCUCAAAUGAAUGUGGAGGAUCUUCAGAAAAUUCUCGGCAUCGAUAAAAUUAUUCCAAAGGAUGAGAAAGGCAAAACACAAUCUAUUAAGGCAGCUGUUACCAAUAUUGCUGCUUCGUCUCCGGGAAGAUAUAGACUUCGUAGGGAAAGCAUGGACAAUCUUCAUCUUAUCAAGUUAACACCUGAAGGAAAGAAAAGGGAAAUAAGCGAAUGUCCUCCACCAGCAAGAGCCGGAAUUGCGCCCCAACCCUCACAGGAGGAAGAUGAAAAUAACUUCUUCGAACUACUCUCCCGAUUUCAGUCUGGUAGAAUGGAUGACCAACGCUGUGCUCUUCGUACAAAUAUAAAGCCAAAUAUUAAAGUUACUGCUAAGGAGAAUAAAAAAGACGAGGAUGAUUUACUGGAAUUAAUAGCAGGUAUGCAGAGUAAACGAAUGGAUGAACAACGAGUAGUGCUUCCAUUUUUACCUGGCCUAAACGCCAACAGUGCCAAUCAAUCAAAAAUGCAUUCUCCACAAGAUAAUGAUGACUCAUUUAUUGAAAUGCUUGUACGCUGUCAGCAAGAUUCGCGAAUAGAUGAUCAGCGCAGCAUAUUACCAAUGUCUGCGAAUCUACAAGAUCCUGAAGACGCCGAGAACCAAAGAACAAAUGAGAAUGUUCAAGCAGGUGCCACAGUUCCCGAGGAAGACCUUUUCGCUCUAAUUCAAAGGCUUCAAGCGGGACGCAUGGAAGAUCAACGGGCUUCGGGUCCAGGAAAAACUUAGUAUUGUACUAACUUCCAAUAUUAACAUUAACUGAUGUUUAUCUAACCUAAAGAUUAGAUAUCUUUGAUCACAUAGUUUGCCCAGAGUUUUAUUUGGCGCUAAACCUAUGAUCUAUUUCAUUUAUAUCAUACAAAUUGUACAUCAUAAUUAUUUUAUCAUUUAAGGUAUACAACUUUUUUACUUGUAUUAUUAUAUUUGAAAAUGUAACACAAUUUCCAAAACACGUUACACAUUCCAAAAGAAACUGUUAUACUUCCCUUUUCUUCAUUACUAGAUGAAAUACAUUAUUUUUCCCUAGUA